AUGCCAGUUAAGCACAUCAAGAGCACUGAGGAAUUCGAUGAGGCCAUCAAGACUGGCCUUGUGGUGGUCGACUUCUUCGCCACGUGGUGUGGCCCGUGCAAAGUGAUCAAGCCCUUCCUAGAGGAAAAGAGCAAUCAGAUGCCUCAUAUCGCCUUUUACGCAGUAGACGUUGAUGAGAACCCCGGGCUGUGCGAGAGAGAGGAAGUGAGCGCAAUGCCAACAUUCAAGCUGUAUAAGGAUGGAAAAGUGGUGGAAACGAUUGUGGGUGUUCGUAAGCCGAAGCUUGAGGAGGCCAUCAACAACCUAAAGUGA